UGAUCUGUGUAUCAUAUAUUUCUUACUAAAGUGAUUUCAUGUCGCCAUUUUGUGUUUCAAUUUUGCGCUUUACAUUUUAGAGAGAUUUGGUUAAAAUAUAAAAGAUGUCCUCUGCAAGUGAUGAUGAAACCGAGGUUACUUUAGCUGAACCAGUACAACGUAUAAGAUCUGGUCGUGCUCGAAAAACACCUGUAGUAGCGAAAAAGCCACCAGUGAAAAAGCUUCUAGCAAGAGCUACACGUUCCUCUAAGAAAAUUCAAGAAAUUGAGGAAAUCGAGGAGGAAUCUCAUGUACUACAAGUUGUAGACAAUCUCUCUGAAAAUGGUGUGCAAAGAUUAAAUGACAUCAUAAUUGAGCGACACAAUGAUAGCACUCAAAUGUUACAUUUAGAAUUAGAGGAUUCUGGAGACACUAAUAUUCAUGAAGUGACAAUAGAUCAAACAAUACAGUCGGAGGUAACAGUGCCAGAAUUAGAAACUCCUCCUCCGCCAAAUGUAAAUAACAUUCCUAAUACACCUAUAUUAUCUUCAUUUAAAGUCAAAGAAGCUACACAUUUAAUGAAGGAACAUUCUGGUGCAGAAUGCAAUACAAUAAUUAUAGAAGAAAGUAGCAUGGACAAGGAAGAUAUGCUUUGCGAAACUACACAGAUUGAGAUGGAAGGACAAAGUUUAAGUAAUGAUGGAAUGAUUAAUCAGCGAGUGUUGAUUGAUUUUGAAGAAGUUGUAACAGAAGAUGGUGAAACUAUAACACAAGUGACCAAAAUUUUGGAUACGGAUGGAGUUCAAUCAGAAAAUGUAAUCAGUCAUGUCAAUACAGGUAUUGAAGUUAUGGAAGUUGAUGAUUCACAACAAGAAAUAUCAGAAGUUGUAGAAAAUAUUAUGGAUAAAGUGGAGCCGGAUACUGAUGCAAUGGAAACUGAAAAUAUAGAACUUUCAAAUUUAGAAAUUUCUGAAAUGAGUGAGUCCAGCUUUCAAAUUGAUAAUGGUAUAAAAAAAAUAGAACCAGAUACAGAAGCAGUUUCAGAAGAUGAAUUACCAAAUGAAGCAUCUGCUAAGGAACCUGAAACAGAAGCAGUUUCUGAUGAAGAACUACCAGCAGCUGCUCCUGCUGAUUUGGGUGAAACAGAAUCUGUAUCGGAAGAUGAACUACCACCAGAUAGUGAAAAGAAAAGAAAAAGUGGUAUUAAGUCUGUUAAUAAAACAAUGGAAAAAAAAGCUAAAACGGAAGGAGGAAAUAAGAGGAAAUUAAAUGCAGAAGGAGAAUAUGAUCCAAGUUCUCCAACUUCUGAAAAUAAUGAUGAAACGCCUGCUAAAAAAGUAGCACUAUCUAAUGAAGCAGAACUUGGAGAUAAUAAACAAGAUAUUAAGCCAGCAUCGCCAAAAAAGAAAACUCUUCCUGAACUAGAAAAAUAUUGGAAAGCUGUCAAUGAAGACCCAUCUGAUUUUACAGGAUGGACGUAUCUUCUCCAAUAUGUUGAUCAAGAGAACGACGCAGAGGCAGCACGUGAAGCAUACACGAAAUUUUUGGAGCGGUACCCUUAUUGCUAUGGUUACUGGCGGAAGUUUGCUGAUUACGAGAAGAAGAAGGGCAACCCCGAAAAUGUCCAAAUGGUAUUCGACCAAGGUUCGAAAGCUAUUUCACUCAGCGUUGAUCUCUGGUUACAUUACAUCAACCACUGCAAAACUGUCUACGAAAAGGAUGAAGAAAAACUACGUGAACAAUAUGAAAGGGCUAUUCAAGCAUGUGGAUUAGAAUUUAGAUCUGAUCGUCUUUGGGAGAGUUAUAUAAAAUGGGAAUUAGAAGGCAAACGUUUAAGCAGAGUAACGGCAUUAUAUGAUCGUUUACUAUGCACUCCUACGCUUGGAUAUAUUUCUCAUUUUGAAGCCUUCCAAGAGUUUGUUUCUUCAAAUCUACCAAAUCGCAUUUUAAGUGUAGAUGAUUUUCUUACUAUUCGAGCCGAAGUCAAAGCUCUGUUGAAAGCAGAUGAUACUACUUCGGCAUCAGCUGCAGACGAUGCACCGCCAGGAGAAGAACCACCUCCUCAUGAAAUGCCACCUACAGAUGAAGAGACACGUGCUAUUAGAGAAAAAAUUAUCAGCAGUAGACGUAAAAUGCAUAAAGCUAAUGUUAAUGCGGUGGCUGCUAGAUGGUCAUAUGAAGAAGGGAUUAAGAGGCCCUACUUUCACGUCAAACCUUUAGAACGAUGCCAGCUAAAGAAUUGGAAGGAAUACUUAGACUUUGAAAUAGAACAAAAGGAUCAAAAUAGAAUUAUCAUUCUUUUUGAAAGAUGUCUCAUAGCGUGUGCACUUUAUGAUGAGUUUUGGAUGAGGUUUGUGCGUUAUCUGGAAUCUUUGAAGGGUGAUAAUGUAGACAAAAUAAGAGAUGUUUAUUCAAGAGCAUGCAUGGUUCAUCAUCCAAAAAAACCUAAUUUACAUCUGCAGUGGGCAACCUUUGAGGAAGGUCAGGGUAAUUUUGAGAAAGCUGCUGUUAUAUUGGAAAAUAUAGAUAAUGUACUACCCAACAUGUUACAAAUAGCGUAUCGAAGAAUAAAUUUAGAACGCAGACGAAAUGAUUUAGAACAAGCUUGUACAUUAUAUGAAAACUAUAUAAGCAACAGCAAAAAUAGAACAAUUGCUAAUAAUAUUGCAGUUAAAUAUGCUCGCUUUCUUUGCAAAGUUAAAAACGAUGUGGAUAAAGCUAUCAAAGUAUUAUUGAAGGCUACAGAAAAAGAUAAAGAUAACCCAAGAUUGUACUUGCAAUUAAUAGAUUUAGGAUUACAGAGAAAUCCAGUUGACACGCAAGAAAUUGUCGGAUACAUGGAUAUGUUUAUAGAAAGGGAACAUGCUGAUUUGGAACAAAGAGUAUUAUUUGCACAACGCAAAGUAGAAUUCCUUGAAGAUUUUAGUCCUGAUAUUCGACAAGUUUUGAAAGCACAUGAACAAUUCCAAAAAUGUAUAAAGCAAGCUAAAGAACGCAAGAAGACAAAGAGUGAUGAUAAUAAAAAUGACUCUUCUCCUCCGAAGAAAGUAAAAACUGGAGAACAGUCAAAUAUACCUCCACCACCAUCUGUAGGUUCUCAGUCUUAUCAGUAUAGUAGUGGACCAAGCGGACCCUAUCAAUCACCACAGCAGUUUCAAGGUGGACAAUAUGGAGGUCAAGGUGGCUAUCAACAGGGUUAUCAACAAUAUCCGCCUCCGUCAGAUCCUAAUUAUGCAAAUUAUCAAAACUGGCAGUAUGGACAAGGUGGUCCACAAGCAUAUGGACCUUAUAAUCAAUGGGGUUCAUACAAUUAUUAUUAAAGGAUUAUUCAAAAUUUCUUGUGUAAGCAGUUAUUAUGCGUUAUCAUAUUUGUUGUAUAUUUUAUGAUACUUUUUCCAUUCAAUUUCAAUUUAUCCGAGAAGAAGGAAAAAAAGGAAAACAAUUGUUUUCGUCAAUUUUAUCGAUAAAAAGUAAAUUUUCUUCUAAAUUUACUAAACCUGCUUUCCAAAGUGCUAUUUCUCUUGGAAGUAUUUCUAUGAAUGCCUUUUGAAUAUGAUAAAUAUGCACUUAAGC